CGACUAGCCAUCUUCUCCCUCGGUCUUUCCGUUCUCUAACGCCUGGACGGAACUGAAGCCAGCCGGGGUGACUGGAGACCAGUAAAAUCUCCCCAGGGCCGCCCAGUCGACGGUCUCGCCGGCCUUCUCAGACCACAAACAUUGCGCUUGCGGCUUGCCGCCCAGCUAUAUAAGUACUCUCGGGAAUAGGCGGUCACUCAUCCAUCCCAUCUCCAUCUCGGAGCAAAGGCAAUCCAGCAAGAGUCGCUCCUUUCCCUUUUCGGGAUACAGCCAGCAGAAGCAAUCCGGCUAACAAGUUUCUUCUUCUUCUUCUUUCCUGGUGACGGUCGCAGGGCUCACCGAAGUGACGAUGGCGUUUGCGGUCUCCGACGAGCUGCUGGGCACCUUCGUGCCGAUUGCGGUGUACUGGCUCUACUCGGGGCUCUACGUCGUCCUGGACGGGCUGGGGAUGGACGACUACAGGCUCCACCCCAAGGGGGAGGAGGCCAGGAACAUCGUUUCCAGGUGGACGGUCGUCAGGGGCGUCCUUGUUCAGCAGGCGUUUCAAAUCGCUGUCUCCCUUCUUCUCUUCACGGUUCUUGGUGAUGAUAAUGGGACUGUGAGGAAGCAGCCUCCAGCUUUGGUAAUGGCAUUGCAAUUCCUCAUUGCAAUGUUUGUCAUGGACACAUGGCAGUACUUCAUGCACAGAUACAUGCAUAUCAACAGAUUCUUGUACAAGCACGUCCACUCUAAGCACCACACUCUUGUCGUCCCCUACGCCUUUGGAGCUCUUUACAACCACCCCCUGGAGGGGCUCAUCCUGGACACCGUCGGCGGCGCGCUCUCGUUCCUCAUCUCUGGCAUGACCCCAAGGAUUGGGAUUUUCUUCUUCUCGUUUGCGACCAUCAAGACCGUCGAUGACCACUGUGGUCUGUGGCUUCCUGGAAACAUCCUCCAUGUAUUCUUCAGCAACAACAGCGCUUACCAUGACAUCCACCAUCAGCUCUACGGGAACAAGUACAACUUCUCGCAGCCCUUCUUUGUCAUGUGGGACAAGAUCCUCGGAACAUACAUGCCUUACACUCUGGAGACACGCAAGGGAGGUGGGUUUGAGGCACGCCCGGUUAAGCUCGACCAAGCACAGCAGAUCAAGGCUGAUUAAGCAGCGCGGUUUCUCCUGUUUAUCUACUACUUCCCCUGUUUUUUUUCCUUCUAACUGCAUUUGUACUGUAGAGGUAUUUUCCUGUCCAUAUAGUAAAAUCCUUUAGGCAGAUGACAUGUUGUACCCAAAAGAUGUAGCAAAUGAAACAUCUUGCUAAUGAAGAUCCAUUGGGGUUUGUUUC